UGACGGGGAGUUUGUCGUGACCCACAUGACAAAAGCCCACCUCUUCUCCAAUGGGAAGGUGAAGUGGGUGCCACCUGCCAUCUACAAGAGCUCCUGCAGCAUCGACGUCACCUUCUUCCCCUUUGAUCAGCAGAACUGCAAGAUGAAAUUCGGCUCCUGGAGUUAUGACAAGGCCAAGAUUGACCUGGAGAACAUGGAGCAUCACGUGGACCUCAAGGAUUACUGGGAGAGUGGCGAGUGGGCCAUCAUAAAUGCCAUCGGCACCUAUAACUCCAAGAAGUAUGACUGCUGCACCGAGAUCUACCCUGACAUCACCUUCUGCUUCAUCAUCCGUCGCCUCCCGCUCUUCUACACCAUCAAUCUCAUCAUACCCUGCCUGCUUAUCUCCUGCCUGACCGUGUUGGUCUUCUACUUACCCUCUGAUUGUGGGGAGAAGAUCACCCUCUGCAUCUCUGUCCUGUUGUCCCUCACUGUGUUCCUCCUGCUCAUCACUGAAAUCAUCCCGUCCACCUCGCUGGUCAUCCCCCUCAUCGGAGAGUAUCUCCUCUUCACCAUGAUCUUUGUCACACUCUCCAUCAUCAUCACCGUGUUCGUCCUCAAUGUCCACCACCGCUCCCCCAGCACUCACACCAUGCCUUGUUGGGUGAGGAGCUUCUUCCUCAACUUCAUCCCUCGCUGGCUCUUUAUGAAACGACCUCCAGCCUUACCUCCUCCUGAGGGGACCACGGGGCAGUACGACCUCCCAGGGACCAGGCUCAGCACCUCCCGUUGCUGGCUGGAGACCGAUGUGGAUGACAAGUGGGAGGAGGAAGAGGAGGAAGAAGAAGAGGAGGAGGAAGAGGAGCAACAGGAGAAGACAUUCCCCACCCGCAUGUCCCAGACAGGCUCUCAUGGCCAAGGCACCCAGUGCCGCUACGAUUGCAGGCGCCAAGCUGGGAAGAUAUCAGGGGGCUCCACCCCCCGGAUGAUCUCCAAGGGGGAGGAAGAGGAGAAGGUGGGCUCAGAGCGAGGUCUGAUGCUGUCCCCCAGCAUCCUGAAGGCCUUGGAAGGGGUUCAGUACAUCGCGGACCACCUGCGAGCCGAGGAUGCUGACUUCUCGGUGAAGGAGGACUGGAAGUACGUGGCCAUGGUGAUCGACCGCAUCUUCCUCUGGAUGUUCAUCAUCGUCUGCUUGCUGGGCACCGUGGGGCUCUUCCUCCCACCCUACCUGGCAGGGAUGAUCUAA